AGGGCACGGCACUCCCGCACACGCACUGAACCCCGCAUCCCCGCGGCCGCCUUGGCCUCCACCCCCGCCACCCGCGCACCCGCGCACCUGCUCGCUCGCGACGGGGCGGGCGGAGCGUCGUGCUGGUAACUGGGGAGCCGCGGGGCGGCGCGGACUGGAGCAGCGCGGAGAAACGCAGCGGGCGGAGGUGCUGGAGUUGCUUGCAAGGACAGUACUGCUGCCAGACCCUGUGAGUUCUUGUGUGGGCCAGAGGUAGCUGUAACUUGUCCAGGCUGGUUGUGCUGAGGCUGAAUGCUGGAAGGGGGCACUUGGAGGUUGGCACCUCACCAAGGCUGGUGGCUUGGAUCUGUCUGUGGAGGGUGACUUGCUGCAAAGAGAUCAUGGCCUCAUCCCGGCUCGUGGCAAGAUCUAGGGACAUUGCUAAUGUCAUGCAACGGCUUCAAGAUGAGCAAGAGUUGGUACAAAAGAGGACUUUUACAAAAUGGAUCAAUACUCAUCUGGCUAAGCGCAAUCCUCCCAUGAUGGUCAGUGAUCUGUUUGAAGACAUCAAGGAUGGAAUAAUGCUGAUAGCCCUUUUGGAGGUUCUUUCAGGGCAGAAGCUGCCUUGUGAGCAAGGACGUCAUCUGAAGAGAAUUCACUGGGUUGCCAACAUUGGCACAGCACUUAAGUUUCUAGAAGGAAGACGGAUAAAGCUUGUCAACAUAAACUCAACUGAUAUUGCUGAUGGUCGGCCUUCUAUUGUGCUUGGUUUGGUGUGGACCAUAAUUUUAUAUUUUCAGAUUGAAGAGCUCACCAGCAAUCUUCCACAGCUGCAGUCAUUGUCUAGCAGCGCGUCCUCUGUAGAGAGUGUUGUCAGUUCAGAAACUGCAAGUCCCCCAAGCAAACGGAAGGUGGUAACCAAGGUCCAAGGAAGUGCCAGGAAGGCUUUGUUAAAAUGGAUCCAGUAUACAGCAGCAAGGCAAGCUGGAAUUGAAAUCAAAGACUUCGGACAAAGUUGGAGGAGUGGUGUUGCAUUUCAUUCCAUUAUUCAUGCUAUCCGUCCAGAUUUAGUAGACAUGGAGAAAGUAAAAGGAAGAUCAAACAGGGAAAACCUGGAAGAAGCCUUCACACUUGCAGAAACAGAGCUAGGGAUUCCGAGGCUCCUUGAUCCAGAGGAUGUGAAUGUUGACAAGCCAGAUGAAAAGUCUAUCAUGACCUACGUAGCCCAGUUUUUGAAGUACUAUCCUGAUCCUCAUCAUACAAUGGCUGAUGUGCAGGAGAAUGAUGAACUUCAAUCAAUCCCAACUUUUGUCACUUCUUUUAUGAAAUUUAAGAAGGAAGACAAGUUGAUGCUGAGAGACCUAAGAGUGUGGGCAGAACAGUUUGAAAGAGAUUUAACACGGGCACAGGUGGCAGAAACAAGCUUACAGGAGAAAUAUCAGUCAUUUAAGCAUUUCAGAAUCCAGUAUGAGAUGAAAAGGAAACCUAUUGAACUUGUAACUCAGUCCUUAAGGAAAGAUGGUAAAUUAUCACUUGAUCAAGCUAUAGUGAAGCAAGCGUGGGACAGAGUCUCUUCCAGGCUGUUUGACUGGCACAUACACCUUGAUAAAUCUCUUCCUGCACCUUUGGGUACCAUAGGUGCUUGGCUCUAUAGAGCAGAGGCUGCUCUAAGAGAAGAAGUAAGCAUUCAGCAAGCUCAUGAGGAGACAGCAAAUAUUAUACACCGGAAGCUUGAACAACUUAAGGAUCUAUUGAAAAACAUAGAAGGUCACAAAAAGACGUUCCAUGAGAUCCACGGGGCAAGGUCUGUUAAUGGAGUGCCUGUUCCAUCUGACCAAUUAGAGGAUAUGGCAGAGAGGUUUAAUUUUGUUGUCUCUUCAUCUGAGCUCCAUCUGUUGAAAAUGGAGUUCCUGGAACUGAAGUACCGUCUACUGUCACUCUUAGUCCUUGCAGAAUCAAAGUUAAAAUCAUGGAUUAUUAAAUAUGGAAGAAGAGACUCAGUAGAACUACUUCUGCAAAAUUACAUAUCUGUUAUUGAAAACAGUAAGUUCUUUGAGCAAUACGAGGUUACAUACCAGAUCUUGAAAAGAGCAGCUGAAAUGUAUGCCAAAGCAAAUGGCUCAGUGGAAGAAGUUGAGAGUGUGAUGAAAUUCAUGAGUGAAACAACAGCACAGUGGAGGAACCUCUCGGUAGAGGUGAGAAGUGUAAGAAGUAUGUUGGAAGAAGUAAUUGCUAACUGGGACAGAUACAGCAGCACUGUGGCAGGUCUGCAAGCCUGGUUGGAGGAUGCUGAAAAAAUGCUUAAUCAGACUGAACAGUCUAAAAAGGAUUUCUUCAGGCACUUACCCCAUUGGAUCCAACAGCACACAGCCAUGAAUGAUGCUGGUAAUUUUCUGAUUGAAACAUGUGAUGAGACCAUUUCCAGAGACCUUAAGCAGCAACUUUUGUUACUAAAUGGAAGAUGGAGAGAAUUGUUUAUGCAAGUGAAGCAAUAUGCUCGGGCAGAUGAAUUGGACAAGAUGCAGAAAGAAUACCUGGACGGUGUGGCGAAUUUGACAGCUUUUGUUGAUGAAAGUAAUAGAAAAUUUUCAGCACCCGUAGAAGUGUCCUUCUUAGAUGUGAAGAUGUUUGUACAAGAUCUAGAAAAUAUUAAGCAGAAAUUACCUGCCAUGGAAGCUCAGUACAAAAUGGUUGCAAGAACAGCACAACUGGUUAUGAAAGAAGUUUCCCAAGAAGAAAUAAAUGAAAUGCUUGCAACUUUGACAAAGAUGAAAGAGCAGCUAAGCAAGGUCAAGGAGAAUUCCUGUGCCCUACUGUAUGAAUGUCAGCAUCUGCUGUCCCCACUUGAAGAACAGGAGAAACAAAUCACGAAUUUCUAUGAAUCUCUUGAAAAGGUCAAUGAAAUAAUUUCUAUCUUGGAUCCUGAAGCACAGCCUACAACUGUUCUGAAGCAAAAAGCUCAAGAUUUGGUAGCUUAUCAAGAAAACUGCAAGAAAGCUUUGUCCCUCAUUGAGAGAAAUAGUCAGAAUAUUCUGCAGUGUGUGGCUUCUAGUGAAGUGGUAAAGCAUUUCCAUCACUCAACAUUUCAGAAGAAAGUUACACAAGUUCAGAUUACUUUUCAGAAUAUGGUCAGGAAAGCUGGUGACUGGAGGAAAAACAUAGAAGUAAAUAGUCGUUUGAUGAAGAAAUUUGAGGAGUCUAGAGCAGAACUGGAGAAAGUAAUACAGAUUGCCAAUUGUUGCUUAAAAGAAAAAGGAAAUCCUGAAGAGCUUCUCAGAAAGCAUAGCGAAUUUUUUAACCAGUUGGACCAGAGAGUCCUAAAUGCCUUCCUGAAAGCUUGUGAUGAACUUACUGACAUCCUUCCUGAACAAGAGCAACACAGCCUGCAGGAAGCUGUGAGGAAACUCCAUAGGCAGUGGAAGGAUCUUCAAAUGGAAGCCCCGUAUCAUCUAAUCCAUUUGAAGAUUGAAGUGCAGAAAAGCAAGCUCCUGGUCACAGUGGAGGAGUGCAAGGCUGAACUAGCUCGACAGAAUAAGGUGCUCACCAGAGAAGGCAAAGAAAGGAUGAUUGAAGAGCACAAGUUGUUCUUUGGUGACAAGGGAUCUUACCAUCUCUGUGAGAAAAGAUUACAACGGAUUGAAGAACUGUGCCAUAAACUUCCAGUUUCUGAUCCAGUGAGGGCUACAUUGGAAAGUAGCCAACGAAUCCUGAAGGAGCUCAAAUCUCAGAUAGACAGUACAUACACAAAACUAACAGAGCAUUCAGACAUCUGGAAGAGCUAUACAAACAGAUUUUCUGAAUUGGCAAAUUGGAUUUCAUCUACAGAAAGAGAGCUAAAGAGGAUAAAGGAAAGUGUCAAUGAUACUGCUAAAUAUGAGCAAUUUAAAUCAUCUGUUGGGGAAAUCAGGCAGCAUAUUAACAAGGAGAGAGAAAAUCACAGCUGGCUGAAAUCUAGACUUGCAGUUGUUACUAAAAUAUGUACCGAUGUGGAGGCCAAGAAAACAGAAGAUGAGCUUUGUAAACUUUCCAGUGACUUCAAAGGACUUCUAGAUUUGCUGACUGAGAUUGAAAGGACAUUAGGUACUGUUGGAGAUUGUGUCCAGUAUAAAGAAGAGGUUAAAAGUGCAAUCGAAGAGUUAAUCAACAACUCAAAGGAAGCCCAAGCAGAAGCUGAAAAGAUCCUGGAUACGGAAAGUUUAUUGCAAGCUCAGCAACUACUGUUUCAUCAUCAGCAAAGAACAAGGAGACUCCGUGCAAAGAGACAAGGUGUGCAACAGCAGAUUUUCCAGGCUAAACAGUUGCAGAUUGAAGGUGGACUGCCAAGUGCAAUGCAGGAAGAUUUACUAAAGCUAGAAGGAACACUGGAGAACAUGCAGCAGACUAUGGAGAAACGUGAAGAGCAAUUGCAAGUCACAAUAAAUAAAUGGGAGCAGUUUGAAAGAGACAAAGAAACAGUAGUAAAGUAUCUAAAUCAAGCAAGCUGUGCGCUUGAACGUAUCUUAAACUUUAGCAGUUUAGAGAGCCUCUCCUCAGAGCUGGAUCAGACAAAGGAACUUUCUAAACACAGUGAAGCCAUGGCAGUACAAGCUGAAAACUUGGUGAAGAAUUCUUCUGAGAUACAGCUUGGUUCAAAGAGAAAACAAGCCCUGCAGCAGCAGGCAAAAUCUAUCCAAGAACAAGUAAAAAAAGUGGAUGUUACUCUAGAAGAAGAUCUUAAAAGAAUGGAAAUGAUGAAAAACAAGUGGGAUCAUUUUGGCAAAAAUUUUGAAGCUCUGUCCACCUGGAUAGCUGAAAAAGAAAAAGAACUGGAAACUUUGGAAACACUCUCAUCUCCUUUGGACACACAGAUCAGCCAAAUCAAGGUUAUUAAUACAGAAAUAGAUGGUAAAAUAAAUGGAAUCUCAAAACUAGAAGAAGAAGCCAAAUCAUUUACCCAGUUUGUUACUUCUGGAGAAUGCGCACAUAUUAAAGCCAAACUGACUCAUAUCAAAAGGUAUUGGGAAGAGCUAAGAGAACACGCACAGAGAUUGGAAGGAACCAUCGCAGGGAAUGCAUCAGCACAGAAAAUAUAUGAAGAAAGUCUUAAACAGGUGCAGCAGUCAGUGUCUGAAUUUGAAACUAGGUUAGCUGAGCCUCUCACAUCAUGCACUUCAUCAUCAGCAACGUAUGGAGACCUACAGGAUUGCACGGACCUUUGUCAUACUGUGGAAAAACUGAGCAACACACUGGCCUCUCUCUCAGUCUGUGCCCGAAAGGCUGCCAACAAAGAAAAAGCUGCUCAGGAGGUUACAGCAUUACAGCAGAGAUAUGAGAAGGUAUUAGAAAAUGCUAAAGAGAAACAAAUGUUGCUGGAGACUCUUCUGGCUCGAUGGCAGAAGCAGGAGAAAGAGCUGUGUGCUUUCCAGAUCUGGCUGGAAGGGUGUGAAGCUGCAGCCAGGCCUUCAGAGCAGUAUGUUUCUGCUGACAGAGUUAAGCUGGAAGGUGAACUGCAAUCGCUGCAGGAUUUGCGAGCAGAUUUUGAAUCUCAUGCUUCCAUCUAUGCGAGCCUAUUGCAAUUAAAUGAGUCGCUGUUCCCAACAGCUUCCAAACAGUGUGUGAAAGCAAUAAAAGAAAAAUGUAAAGAGCUGGAUGAGAGGUGGAAAGCAUUACCUCAAACUGUUGAUAAAAGGAUCAACUUCCUUCAGUCUCUUGUUGCUGAGCAUGGACAAUUUGAUGAACUCCUCUGCAGUUUUUCAGAGUGGAUUAAGCAGUUUCUUGCUGAACUACAAUCCACUUCAGAGAUAAACACAGCUGAUCAAGAAUUAGCUGCAUCUCACAAUAAGAACCAUUCAAUGGAAAUUGAAAGUAAGAAACAGCAGUUACAAAGUCUGAAGGACCUUGUAGAUAAACUGUGUGUUUUCAGCUGUCCAGAGGACCAACAGACAUUGCAAGGGAAAACUGAAGAUUGCUUUCAGAUUUUCCAGGAGGCAAAUCAAAUAACUAACCAAAGAAAAGAGGCUCUGGAUCAGCUGCAGGUAUUCCUGGAGCUCCAUAAAGCUGCAUCAAAAAAGCUCCACCAGCUGAGGCAGACAGUGGAGAAAACAGGAAAUAUGGACAAAGCUAAAUCGGAUUUACUGGAGAAGGACCUCCAUGAUGUUAUUCAGUCUCUUAACAAGCUGGAAUCUAUUGCCAUCAGUUUGGAUGGUUCACUUACUAAGGCCCAGUAUCACCUAAAACAUGGGAUUUCUGAGCAGAGGACCUCCUGCAGGGCUGUGGUAGACCAUCUGUACUUAGAACUGGAGGCAGUUCAAAACCUGCUCGGAACAAAACAGAGUGAGGCAGAAGCUCUUGCAACCUUGAGAAGAUCUUUCAUGGAACGGAAAGAAGAGCUGUUGAAGAAUGUUGAAGAUACUGAGGAAAAAGCUGACAAAGAGGGCCUAAGAGAAGCAACACUGCAAACCCUUCAGCAAAGAUUGAGGAUCUUUAACCAGUUGGAUGAAGAACUCAAUUCUCACCAGCAUGAACUCCAGUGGCUCAUGGACAAAGCAAAGCAAAUAGCCCAAAAAGAUAUAACUCUUGCUCCUGAAAUUGACAAAGAGAUCAAUCAUUUAGCAUCACUGUGGGAGGAUACCAAGAAAGUUAUACAGGAAAAAAAGGAGCAGUCCUGCAUUCUUAUCGAUCUGAUAAAGGAGUAUCACGGCUUGAAGUCAACAGUGAUGAAAGUCAUAGACAGUGCUGACAGUGCUUCAGUGAUAAAGUCCAUUUGGAAGGAUCGUGAAGAUAUCAGGCGAACUUUAUCAAAGCACGAAGCCGCCAAGAAUGAUCUGAGUGAUAAACAAAAAGAUCUGGAUAUUUUUACCAAUAAAGGAAAACAUUUGUUAGCAGAACUGAAAAAAGUGCAAAACUGCGACUGCACUGUGGUGAAAACAGAUAUGAACUCUACAGUGGACAAAUGGUUGGAUGUGUCAGAAAGGAUUGAAGACAACAUACACCAGCUAAGUUUAGGGGUGUCUCUAUGGGAUGACAUCCUGAAAAUUGCAGAUGAAAUGGAUGGAUGGUGCACUAACUGCAUUUCUCAUCUGAAUGAAGGCAUCAGCAACUUGAGUAACAGUCUGAGAAUGGAGGUCAUCCUGAAAGACUUUCAGUCUCAAGUCAAGGAUAAAGAACAGAAGUUGGAGGAGCUUAGCUCUAAAAUUUCAGAACUCAAAGAACUGACUCAUAGUCAAGAGCCUCCUGCAGAUCUCCAGUUUAUAGAAUCAGAUUUAAGGCAAAAACUGGAACAUGUCAAAGAAAUGUCACAGACAGCAAAAGAGACACUAAAAGAUUUCAGUUCUCAGAAGAUGCAGUUACAGAAGUUUAUUGACAAGAUGACACACUGGUUAAUAGAAACGGAAGAGACACUUUUAAGAUGCUCACGUAACCUGGAUCCUGAAGCUCUAAAUCUAGUAAAGGAAACACAAAAAGACCUGCAGCUCCAGCAGAGCACCAUUGAUUCAACCCGUGAGAACCUCAACAGACUGUGUCGCAAGUACCAUUCUGUAGAGCUAGAAACUCUUGGUGGCACUGUCACUUCACUAAUAAAGAAGUAUGAAGCUGUGAAUCAGCUCUGUUCCAGAACACAGGCCAACAUACAAGAGUGCUUGGAAAAACAUUUCCUCUAUACUAUGCAAGAAUUCCAGGAAUGGUUUUCUGAUGUGAAGGCUGCAGUAAAAGAAUUAUCUGACAGGUCUGGAGAUAGCAAAGCCAUAGAGGCAAAGCUGCAUGAUUUGCAGAGUGUGCUGGAUUCUCUUAGUGAGGGGCAAAACAAGUUAGAUGCUGCCUCCAAGGAAGGAGAAAACUUGUACACUUGCUUACCUCAACCAGCUGUGAUCCAUAUUCAGGAGCAAGUAGCAAAGUCUAAUCAGAACUUCAAAGAAUUCCUCAGUCAGUGUCUGAAUGAUAAGCAGGCUCUGGAAGCUUGUGCCUCAUACCUGGGAAGCUUUGAAGAACAGCACAAGAAAUUCAGCCUGUGGAUACAUGACAUGGAAGAAAGAAUGAGCACAGAAGCAUUAGGAGAGGUCAAAGAGCUUAUUCCUGAGAAGAAAAAGGAGGUGCAGAAAGUAGAAAAGUUUCUGGAAGAGUUGCUGGCUUCAAGGGAAUCUUGCGAAAAGCUGGCCCAAAUUGCACAGGCUUUAAAUGAGGAAGGACAUGGUGCAGGAAGGGAAGUGCGCCUGGCCUCUCAACAUCUCACCAAUUAUCAAAACAUGGUCAAAACUGUCAAGGAGAAGCUGCGAACAUGUCAACUUGCACUCCAGGAGCACCUCACUCUGGAGGAAGCACUACAGAGCAUGUGGUCAUGGGUGAAAGAGGUUCAAGAAAAACUGGCCUUGGCUGAGAGUACAGUUGGUAGCAAAGCCACGCUAGAGCAACGUCUGACACAAAUUCAGGAGAUUCUCUUACUCAAAGGAGAUGGUGAAGUUAAGCUGAACAUGGCUAUUGGCAAAGGAGAACAAGCACUUAGAAGCAGCAAUGAGGAAGGACAAAAGGUGAUACAGACAGAGCUACAAAAACUGAAGGAUGUUUGGAAUGACAUCAUCAGCACAUCCAUGAGCUGGCAGAGCUGCUUAGAGUCCCUCAUCAGCCAGUGGAAUGAGUAUUUGGAAAAGAAAAGCCAGUUGGAGCAGUGGUUAGAGAAACUGGAUCACAAAGUGGAGCAGCCUUUAGAACCACAGAUAGGUCUGAAGGAGAAGUUUGCACAGCUGGACUACUUCCAGGCUAUUGUUUCUGAGAUAGAGGAUCACUCUGGUGAUUUCCAGCAACUUGCUGAAAAAACUGCAGAACUUUACAAAAAAACAGAGGAUGAUUCUUUUGGAGCAGCAGCUCAAGAACUGGAAACACAGUUUAAUGACAUCACAACUGUAGCCAAGGAGAAAAUGAAGAAAGUGGAAGAUAUCGUGAAGGAUCAUUUGCUAUACCUCGAUGCAGUGCAUGAAUUCACAGACUGGCUCCAUUCUGCAAAGGAAGAACUGCAUCGCUGGUCAGAUGCAACUGGAGAUACAUCAGUGAUACAGAAAAAGUUGGCCAAAAUCAAUGAGCUGGUAGAUUCUCGCCAGAUCGGCGCGGGCCGCCUCGGCCGAGUGGAGACGCUAGCUCCCGCAGCGAAGCGCAGCACGAGUGCCGGCGGGUGCCAGCUCCUCGCCGCUGAGAUGCAGGCCCUGCAGUUGGACUGGAAGCAGUGGGAAGAAAACGCUUUCCAGAGCCAGCGCAGCCUGCGGGACGUGCUGAGCCAAAUGGCCGUGUCGGAGCAGGAGUUCGCCACGCAAGUUGCGCGGCUGGAGGAGGCCGUGCAGCGGUUCAGCGGGCUGCUGGCUGCCUGGUCGCAGAGCCUGACUCCCCUGGACAGCCGUCACACCGACACCGAGAUCGUGGAGAGCUGGCGCAAGGAGAAAGAAACAUCGGAUGCUCUGAUAAAGUCUGAAUAUGUGAUAGAUGAGAUCAAGACUCAGCUAAAUGAUCUUUGUAGAUUUUCUAGAGAUUUGAGUACUCAUUCUUCAAAAGUUUCUGGGUUGAUUAAGGAGUAUAACAGCCUCUGCCUGCAAGCUUCAAAGGGAUGUCAGAGUAAAGAGCAGAUUUUGCAGCAAAGAUUUCGGACGAGUUUCAGGGACUUUCAGCAGUGGCUGAUCAAUGCAAAAGUCACCACAGCCAAAUGCUUCGAUGUACCUCAGGAUAUCAGUGAAGCUUCAGCAAAUCUACAGAAAGCACAGGAAUUCUUAUCAGAAAGUGAGAAUGGACAACAGAAAUUAAACUUGGUAGCAUCCAAAGGUGAACUGCUGUGCUCUAUUUUGCCAAAAGAAAAGGCUAAAGUUAUCUUGGACAAAUGCGCUAUGGCUAAGGAAGACUGGAAAAAUUUUAUCAGCGCCCUCCGUCAGAAGGAAUCUGCAUUGGAGAACUUAAAGAUCCAGAUGAAAGACUUUGAAGCGACUGCUGAGCCUCUGACAGAAUGGUUGAGCACAACAGAAAAGAUGGUACAAGGGAGUAGCAGUCGUCUCCAUGACCUUCCUUCCAAGAGGAGAGAACAGCAAAAGUUGCAGUCUGUCCUUGAGGAAAUAAGCUGCCACGAGCAUCAGCUCAACAGGCUAAAAGAGAAAGCUCAGCAGCUGUUGGAAGAACAAGCUGUCAGCAAAAGCUUUAUGCGCAGAGUGUCUCAGUUGUCUUCACAAUACCUUACUCUAAGCAAUCUGACAAAGGAGAAGGUGUCCAAAAUGGAUAGGAUUGUAGCAGAGCACCAGCAGUUCUCUCACGAUUUCAAGGACCUCCAAGACUGGGUGGCUGAUGCAAUUCACAUGCUGGAGUCGUACUGUCAUCCCACUGCUGACAAAAAUGUUCUGGACAGUCGAAUGUUAAAGCUGGAGGGACUGCUAACAUUGAAACAAGAAAAGGAAAUCCAGAUGAAAAUAAUUCUGACAAGAGGAGAAUCUGUUCUGCAAAAUACUUCUCUGGAGGGAGUACAAGUGAUUGAACAGCAGCUACAUACCCUAAAGGACAGCUGGGCUUCUCUUCUGUCUGCGUGUAUCCGGUGCAAGAGUCAACUGGAAGGAGCUCUCUCCAAAUGGACAAGUUAUCAGGAUGAUGUUCGCCAGUUUACCAGCUGGAUGGAUAAAGUAGAAGCAAGCAUGAAUUCUUCUCAAAGGCAGUGUGCUGAACUGAGGGAAAAAGCAGCUGCCCUCAGCAAAGCAGAGCUACUCAGUGAAGAAGUGUUGAGUCACAGCAGUCUGUUGGAGACGAUUGAAGUAAAAGGCAGUGGAAUGGCUGAGCAUUAUGUCACUCAGCUUGAACUCCAGGAACUUCAGGAGCGAUAUAAGUUGCUCAAAGACAGAACAAGGGAGGCAGUAAAAAAAGCUGAAGAAUUGCUUAACUUACAUCAAGGGUAUCAAAGAAAUCUGAAGGCAUUUGAAACAUGGCUGGAGGAGGAACAGGAAAAACUUAGCUGCUUAUCACACCUUGAAGGUGAUGCCCAGAAACAAGAGGCAACACUCCGAGACCUACAGGAGCUGCAGGUCUGCUGUGCAGAGGGGCAAGCAUUGCUGAAUGCUGCUGUCCGUGCCAGAGAAGAGGUGAUUCCUUGGGGCAUGCCACAGAUAGAAGACAGAGCCUUGGAAUCCAUACGGCAGGACUGGCAAGUUUAUCAGCACAAUCUUUGUGAAGCAAGAAGCCAAUUAAAUGCUACUGUUAGCAGAUUGAGGUUAAUGGAGAAAAAAUUUCAGAAGGUUAAUGACUGGAUAACAGAACUGGAGGAGAAAGUUGAUAUCAGGACUGGAAGGCAGUCUGGUAGAGCAACAAAAGAGAUGCAGCUUCAACAAAUGAAGAAAUGGCAUGAAGAAAUUACAAUAUACAAAGAUGAUGUGGAGGAAGUUGGGAUAUUAGCUCAACAAAUACUAGAGGAAGGUCUCACUACCAGUGGAAUGGGAAGCCAGGCUACACAGCUUACAUCUCGAUAUCAAACUCUUCUUCUUCGUAUCUUGGAACAAACAAAGUUUUUGGAAGAAGAGAUACGCAGUAUGGAAGAGUCAGAAUUGGCUUUCAGUGCUUACAAAAAUUGGUAUGGAGCUACUAACAAGGACUUCAGAAAUGUGAUCACCAAGUUUGAUGCGUUGGAUAAAACAGCAAUGGAGAAAAAAGUGCAGAAACUAGAGCUGCUUUUGAGUGAUAUGGACAUAGGCCACAGUUUACUGAAAUCUGCCCGUGAGAAGGGGGAGCGAGCUAUAAAAUACAUGGAAGAAAAUGAUGUUGACUGCUUAAGAAAAGAAAUUGGAGAUCAUGUGGAACAGCUUGAAGAUUUAGCUGGUUCAAUCAGGAAAGAGCACGUGACUUCAGAGAAGUGCCUUCAGCUGGCAAAGGAGUUCUCAGACAAGUACAGGGCACAAACCCAGUGGCUCACAGAGUACCAAGUCAUGUUGCAUACACCAGUGGAGCCAAAGUGUGAACUCUAUGAGAAAAAGGCCCAGUUGUCUAAAUACAAGUCCAUACAGCAGACCAUUUUGUCCCAUGAGCCUUCAAUAAAAUCAGUGAUUGAAAAGGGAGAAGCACUUUUUGAUCUGGUGAAUGAUGUGACUCUAAAGAGCAACAUUCAAGACCUUCAAAGCAAUUACCACGAACUCUGCAACGCAACGAAGGCAUGUGUUGAAACCUUAGAGGUGAGAGUAAAAGAGCAUGAGGAUUACAAUAGUGAUUUGCAAGAAGGAGAAAAGUGGUUAUUACAUAUGUCUAGCAAGCUGGUUAGCUCUGACCUAAUGGAGAGUAACAGUCUUGAAAUAAUCACUCAGCAACUAGCCAACCACAAGGCUAUCAUGGAAGAAAUUGCAGGAUUUGAAGACUGCUUGAACAAACUUAAGAGUAAAGGUGAUUAUUUGAUCAGUCAAUGCACAGAACAUCUUCAAGCGAAAUUUAAGCAGAAUAUACAAAGCCAUCUUCAAGGAACAAGGGACAGCUAUUCUGCCAUAUGUAGCACAGCCCAAAGGGUGUACCAAAGUUUGGAACAUGAACUCCAGAAGCAUGUCAAUCAUCAAGAUACCCUACAACAGUGCCAGACUUGGCUGUCUACAGUACAGUCAGAGCUAAAGCCAAGUACCUGGACACCUUUCAGCCUAGCAGAUGCAGUUAAACAGGUGAAACAUUUCCGGGCUCUGCAGGAGCAGGCAAAUACAUAUUUGGAUCUUUUGUGCUCCAUGUGUGAUCUGUCAGAUGCCACAGUGAAGAGUACAGCAACAGAUAUUCAACAAACAAAACAAAUGAUUGAGCAACAGAUAAUGCAUUCACAGUAUUUGGCUCAAGGUUGGGAAGAGAUAAAACAAAUGAAGGCUGAACUCUGGAUAUAUUUCCAGGAUGCAGAUCAACAGCUACAGAACUUGAAAAGGAGACGAGCAGAGUUGGAACUAAGUGUUGCCCAGAAUAUGGUACUCCAAAUUAAGGAAUUCAGUCAGAAGUUGCAGUCUAAGCAGUCAGCUCUUACUUCAGUGACUGAGAAGAUAAACAAGCUAACCCAAGGACAGGAGUCACCUGAACACAAGGAAAUCGGACAGUUGAGCAAUCAGUGGCUGGAUCUCUGCCUUCAAGCACACAGUUUGCUCAUACAGAGGGAGGAAGAUCUACAGAGGACAGUAGAUUACCAUGAUCGUAUGAAUGUAGUUGAAGUUUUCUUGGAAAAGCUCACAAAAGAGUGGGACAACUUGGCUAGAUCUGAUGCUGAAAGCACAAAUGUGCACCUUGAAGCUUUGCAAAAAUUGGCACUAACGCUUCAAGAGAGGAGAUUUGCUCUGGAAGAUUUGAAAGAUCAGAAACAGAAGAUGGUGGAACAUCUGAAUCUUGAUGACAAAGAAUUAGUAAAGGAGCAAUUUGGUCAUUUUGAGCAACGCUGGACUCAGCUGGAGGAACUUGUGAAAAGAAAAAUUCAGAUUUCUGUUUCAACCUUAGAAGAGCUUAGUUUGGUGCAUUCCAAACUUCAGGAACUAAUGGAGUGGGCAGAAGAGCAGCAACCUAGUAUCUCAGAAGCUCUUAAACACAGCCCACCUCCGGAUUUGGCUCAGAGUCUUCUCAUGGAUCAUCUUACCAUUUCUAGUGAGCUUGAAGCCAAACAGCUUGUACUGAAGACACUGCUGAAAGAUGCUGAGAGGGUGAUGACCAGCUUAGGGCUCAAUGAAAGACAGGAGCUGCAGAAAGCACUUUCUGAUGCACAGCAUCAUGUAGAUUGUCUCAGUGAUCUGGUUGGCCAGAGGAGAAAGCACCUGAAUAAAGCACUGUCUGAAAAAACACAGUUUCUCAUGGCAGUCUUUCAGGCUACCAACCAAAUUCAUCAACACGAGAAGAAGGUAACAUUUCCAGAGCAUAUCUGUCUGUUGCCAGAAGAUGUGAACAAACAGAUCAGGACUUGUAAGAAUGCCCAAGCUAGCCUGAAAGCCUACCAAAAUGAAGUCACCGGGCUAUGGGCUCAAGGAAGAGAUUUAAUGAAAGAAGCCACAGAACAAGAAAAGAGUGAAGUGUUAGGUAAACUGCAAGAACUACAGAAUAUAUACGACACUGUUUUACAAAAGUGUACCCAGAGAUUGUUAGAACUGGAGAAAAAUAUAGUUUCCAGGAAAUAUUUCAAAGAAGAUUUGGAUAAGGCUUGCCAUUGGCUAAAGCAAGCUGAUAUCGUCACAUUCCCAGAAGUUAAUGUAAUGAAUAGUAACUCUGAACUGUACACCCAGUUGUCCAAGUAUCAACAGAUUCUUGAGCAGUCUCCCGAAUAUGAAAAUCUCCUACUUACUCUACAAAGACAUGGCCAAGAAAUCCUACCAUCACUUAAUGAAGUGGAUCAUUCUUACCUAGAUGAAAAACUUAAUAUUCUCCCUCAGCAAUUUAACACUGUCAGUGCUCUGGCAAAAGAUAAAUUUUAUAAAGUUCAGGAAGCAAUUUAUGCUAGGAAAGAAUAUACCUCUUUGAUUGAGUUGACAACUAAAGCCUUGACUGAGCUAGAUGAUCAGUUUAUUAGUAUGGACAAAGCUCCAGCUGCUGUUUUAGCCAAAGAAGCUCUGGCACUCCAGCAGGCCUACAAAGACCUCCUAGGUGAAGUGAUGAGUCUUGGUGCAGCAGUGGAUGAACUAAACCAGAAGAAGGAGGCCUUUCGUAGCACCGGCCAGCCUUGGCAGCCAGAUGAGAUGUUAAAACUUGUCACAUUAUAUCACAAGCUGAAGAGGCAAAUAGAACAGAAAAUCAAUUUGUUAGAAGACACAAUAGAAGCAUGUCAAGAGCAUGAAAAAAUGUGUUCACAGCUUGAGGCACAGCUAGAGGCAGUGAAAAAUGAACAAAUUAAGGUAAAUGAAGAAAUGCUCCCAAUAGAAGAAAAGUUGAAAAUAUACCAUUCUCUGGUGGGCAGCUUGCAAGAUUCAGGGAGUCUUCUGAAGCGAAUAACUGAGCAUAUAGAAACCCUUUCUCCCCAGCUUGAUCCAUCUGCACGUGAAACAACAAAUUACCAAGUGCUGUCUUGGCAAGAUAAACUAAAGAAUUUGCACGCUGCCAUUGGUGACAUAGUGAUGGACUGUGAGAAUAGACUUGUGCAAAGCAUAGACUUCCAGACAGAAAUCUGCCGCUCACUCGACUGGCUGAGAUGGGUGAAAACAGAACUCAAUGGAAAACUAAGUUUGGACCUAAAACUGCAAAGCAUCCAAGAAGAAAUCCGAAAGGUUCAGAUACAUCAGGAAGAAGUGCAAUCAAGCCUGAGAGUGAUGAAUGCACUGAGCAAUAAAGAGAAAGAGAGAUAUAUGAAAGCAAAGGAGCUGAUACCUGCUGAUCUGGAAAACACUUUUGCUGAGCUGACAGAACUAGAUGGCGAAGUUCAAGAAGCUAUACACAUAAGACAGGCUACCUUGGAUAAAUUAUAUAGCCUUUGCCAAAGAUAUUACCAAGUGAUUCAGAUAACAAAUGACUGGCUUGAGGAUGCUCAGGAGUUUCUGCAUUUAACGAGAAAUGGUCUUGAUGUUGAGAACUCUGAGGGGAACCUACGGAACCAUAUUGAAUUUUUCAGCACAGAAAGUCAGUUCAGUAAUAAUUUGAAGGAGUUACAGGACCUGGUACCUGAGCUGGAGCCUUUUAUACAUGCCACAGCAAGAGAGCAGCUCAUGCAGAAUCUAGCUUCAUUGGAAGAAAAGGGCAGAGGGACAAAGCAGGAAGCCAACAGUCAGCAAGAAUUGUUGCAAAGGUGUGCUUCUGAGUGGCAGGAGUAUCAGACAGCACGACAAAAGGUCAUUGAAGUGAUGAAUGAGGCUGAGAAAAAAUUAUCUGAUUUCUCAGUAGCUAAAGCUGCUUCUUUUAAUGAAGCAGAAGAGAAAUUGCAAACACAUAAGACUCUUGUGUCUGUAGUAAAUUCUUUCCAUGAAAAGAUCACAACUCUUGAAGAAAAGGUUUCACAGCUGGAAGAAGUUAGCAAUGAUGCCAGCAAGGCAACUGUAAGUAGAUCAAUGACAACGGUUUGGCAGCGCUGGACACGGCUCCGGAAUGUAGCCCAAGAACAAGAGAAAAUUUUGGAGGAUGCAGUACAGGAAUGGAAUGGAUUUAAUGAUAAGAUUCAGAAAGCUACUGUAGUGAUUGAUCAACUACAAGAUCGUUUACCAGAAAGCUCAGUAGAAAAAGCAUCUAAAACAGAGCUCCUGGAACUCCUGGAUUACCACAGCAGCUUCCUUCUGGAAGUGGAGCACCAGCUAUCAUCUUUGGGUCUGCUCAAACAACAUGCUCUUAAUAUGCUUCAGGAUGUGGAAAUAAAGCCAUUUUCUCAGGAAGAAAUACCAGUCAUGCAAGAAGUCAAAGCAAUGCAAGAUCGAUGCCACAAUAUGCAACAGAAAGUGAAAAAUAGUGUAAAGCUUGUGAAACAGGAGCUGAAAGAGCGUGAGGAGGUUGAAGCACAAAUAAAUGUUGUGAAGACUUGGAUCCAGGAAACAAAAGAAUAUUUAUUAAGCCCUGAUGUGGAAGUGGAUACUCAACUUCAGGAGCUGAAGUCUCUCCUCUGUGAAGCAACUACUCAUCGCCAGGCUGUUGAAAAAAUGGCUGAACAACAGCAGAAUAAGUACUUGGGACUUUAUACAAUUUUGCCUUCUGAACUCUCUCUUCAUUUAGCAGAAGUUGGGCUGGCCCUUGUAACUGUACAAGAUCAGAUUCAAGCCAAAGAAAAAGAAACUGGGCAUAUCAAAACACUGAAUCAAGAGUUUGAACAGCGAAUUCAGGGGAUAGCAAAUGAAUUAAAUGCAAUUCUUUCCAAACUAAAAAGGAAAACAGAUGAUAUAGUGCAAGCUAAACUUGAACAGAAGAUCCUUGGUGAAGAGUUGGACAGCUGUAAUUUAAAGUUACUGGAAUUAGAUGCAUCAGUCCAGGAGUUUUCAGAACAGAACAUACCCCUGGCUAAGCAGCUGGCUAACAGAAUAGGGAAACUCACUGCACUGCACCAACAGACCAUACGGCAGGCUGAAUACAGAGCAACCAAGCUCAGUCAGGCUACUUCACAUUUGGAAGAAUACAACGAGAUGCUGGAGUUCAUACUGAAAUGGAUUGAGAAAGCAAAUAUCCUAGUGCAUGGUAACAUAACGUGGAAUUCUUCCUCUCAGCUUCGUGAUCAGUUUAAAGCCUACCAGACUAUGCUUGAAGAGUCUGGGGAGAUCCAUGAUGAUCUUGAGGUCAUGAGUGAAAGGAUUGAGUAUCUGGCCAGUGUCUACUUAACUGAAGGAAUGUCUCACCAAGUGCUAGAACUGGGACGUAGGACAGAAGAAUUGCAACAAAUCAUCAAAGUGCGGCUACCAAAUCUGCAAGAUGCUGCCAAGGACAUGAAGAAGUUUGAAGUUGAGCUGAGAGCCUUGCAGGCUGCUCUGGAGCAAGCCCAAGCCACCCUGACCUCUCCAGAGCUUGGGCGUUUGAGCUUGAAAGAGCAACUGUCUCACAGACAGCAUCUCUUAUCUGAAAUGGAAUCACUGAAGCCAAAGGUUCAUGCAGUCCAAGUCUGUCAAAGUGCUCUGAGGAUUCCUGAAGAGGUGGUCACCAGUCUGCCAAUAUGUCACAGUGCACUCCAGCUCCAGGAGGAGGCCAGCCGCUUGCAGCACACUGCCAUCCAGCAGUGCAACAUCAUGCAGGAAGCUGUGGUUCAGUAUGAGCAAUACGAGCAAGAGAUGAAACAUUUACAGCAAAUGAUAGAGAGUGCCCAUCGUGAGAUCCAAGACAAGCCAGUAGCAACCAGCAACAUCCAGGAACUCCAGAACCAGAUUUCACGUCAUGAGGAGCUGGCGCAGAAGAUCAAAGGAUACCAGGAACAAAUUGCUUCUUUGAAUUCAAAGUGCAAGAUGCUAACGAUGAAAGCGAAACAUGCCACUAUGCUUCUGACAGUGACAGAAGUGGAGGGGCUUUCUGAAGGAAUGGAGGAGUUGGAUUCAGACCUUCUCCCGGCACACCCUGCACAUCCCUCAGUGGUUAUGAUGACUGCUGGUCGCUGUCACACGCUCCUCUCCCCUGUCACUGAGGAGUCUGGGGAGGAGGGAACCAACAGUGAGAUCUCCUCUCCACCUGCCUGUCGCUCUCCCUCACCUGUGGCUAAUACAGAUGCUUCUGUUAACCAGGACAUUGCAUAUUACCAAGCCCUAUCUGCUGAACAGUUGCAAACAGAAGCUGCUAAAAUUCAGCCCAGCACUUCAGCCACCCAAGAGUUUUAUGAACCAGGCUUAGAAUCAGCUGCUAGUGCCAAACUGGAUGAUUUGCAGCGUUCUUGGGAAACACUGAAGAAUGUGAUAAGUGAAAAGCAGCGCACACUUUAUGAAGCUCUUGAGCGUCAACAGAAAUAUCAGGACACGCUACAGUCUAUAUCUACAAAAAUGGAGACUACUGAGAUGAAACUGAAUGAGAGUCUGGAACCAGCCAAAAGUCCAGAGAGCCAGAUGGCUGAACAUCAGGCUUUGAUGGAUGAGAUUCUAAUGUUACAAGAAGAAAUCACCGAGCUUCAGACAUCAUUAGCACAGGAGCUGGUUUCAGAAUCACUGGAUGCAGAAGCUGCUGACCAGCUGGCGCUGCAGUCCACUCUCACGGUCUUGGCAGAGCGAAUGGCCACAAUUCGAAUGAAGGCAUCAGGAAAAAGGCAGCUAUUAGAGGAAAAACUAAGUGAGCAACUGGAAGAACAGCGACAAGAACAGACUCUUCAAAGGUACCGCUGUGAAGCUGAUGAGCUUGACCACUGGCUACUCAAUACCCGUGCAACGCUGGACAAUACUCUCCUUACUGCUGAGGAACCUAUGGAUAUGGAAGCUCAGCUGGUAGAUUGUCAGAACAUGCUGGUUGAAAUAGAACAGAAGGUGGUGGCCUUGUCAGAGCUUUCUGUGCACAACGAGAACUUGCUUAUGGAAGGGAAAGCUCACACUAAGGAUGACGCAGAGCAGCUGGCUUUGAAGCUCAGGACACUGAAGGGCAGUCUUCUGGAGCUGCAGAAAGUUCUCCAUGAUAAACAGAUCAACAUUCAGCAGGGAUCACUACAAGAAAAGGAGGAGAACAAUCUGGAUUUGGUUUCCUCUCAAAGUCCCAGUGUCCAAGAAUGGCUGGUGCAAGCAAGAACUACUCGAUCGCAGCAACAGCAGAGCACUCUACAACAACAGAAAGAGUUGGAACAAGAACUAGAAGAGCAGAAGAAUUUGCUUCGGUCAGUAGCAUGCCGUGGCGAAGAAAUUCUAACACAGCAUGGUAUUCCAGAAGGCUUAUGUAUAAGUGAGAACCCUGAAAAGCUCUCUGAAGAACUGUGCUUGGAAGGUGAGAAAUCAUCUCCCGAACAACAGCUGAAGAUAAAAUGGGAAAGCCUGAACCACAAAUUCAGUACCAAGCAGAAGCUUCUCCAGAAAACUUUGGAACAAGAGCAACUGCAGAUCUAUAGCAGACCAAAUAGACUGAUUUCUGGACUGCCUUUGUAUAAGGAGAAUGGACAGGAUGAGGAGAAAUCAUCUGUGUCACCAGUAUUGGUUGAACUAAAUCAGGCCUUUGAAGAUGUGUCAUCUGAGACUGGACAGGUGGAGAAGGAAAGUCUACAUCUUGAACAGAAGCUGUAUGAUGGAGUUGCAUCUACCUCCUUAUGGCUAGAUGGUGUGGAAGAACAGGUAUUUGUUGCUACAGCUCUGCUGCCAGAGGAAGAAACAGAAACAUACCUCUGCAAACAGGAGUCUCUUGCCAAAGAAAUCAAAGACAUAACAGAAGAAGUGGAUAAGAACAAGAAUUUAUUUACUCAGAUAUUUCCUGAGAAUGGUGAUAAUAGGGAGGUUAUAGAAGACACUUUGGAUUGUCUCCUGAGAAGACUGACCUUACUGGAGUCUGUAGUAAACCAGAGAAGCCAUCAGAUGAAAGAAAGGCUACAGGAAAUAAUGGCCUUCAAGAACGACCUGAAACUCCUGUAUACUUCACUGGCUGAUAGCAAAUACUUGGUUCUACAGAAACUGGCAGAGGCAGUUGAGAAACCGGAAACAGAACAAAUUCAGGUCAUAAUGCAGGCAGAAGAAAGCUUGAAGGAAUUAGAUGCUGGAAUCAGUGAAUUAAAGAAGAGUGUAGAUAAGCUACAAAUAGACCAGCCUUCUGUACAAGAGCUAUCUAAGCUACAGGAUAUGUAUGAUGAGGUGAUGAUGAUAAUUGGAUCCAGACGGAGUAACCUGAACCAGAAUCUUGCUCUUAAGAGGCAGUAUGAGCGGGCUUUGCAGGACCUGGCUGAUCUGGUAGAAACAGGCCAAGAAAAGAUGGAUGGUGACCAGAAAAUGAUAGUUGCUUCUAAGGAAGAGGUUCAAUCACUACUUAACAAGCAUAAGGAAUAUUUUCAGGGGUUGGAGUCUCACAUGAUCCUGACAGAGACACUCUUCAGAAAGAUGAGUAGUUUUGCCCUUUUGAAGGAAACUCGAUCACAUUCAGAACUAAUGACACAAGCUUCAACUGUAUUAAAGCUGGCACAUAAACGAGGUGUGGAACUGGAAUACAUUCUAGAGACUUGGAUGCAUCUUGACGAAGAUUACCAGGAACUUACCAGACAACUGGAGUCUGUCGAAGGUAACAUUCCCUCUGUUGGUUUGGUGGAAGAGACGGAAGACAAGCUCACAGAACGGAUUAAACUUUUUCAGCGUCUGAGAUCUAACCUGACUGAAUAUCAGCCUAAAUUAUAUCAGGUGCUGGAUGAUGGGAAAAGGCUACUUUUUUCUGUUAGUUGCUCAGAUCUUGAAAGUCAGCUGAACCAACUGGGAGAGCACUGGCUAAGUAACACCAGCAAGGUUAACAAGGAACUGCACAGGCUGGAGACAAUACUGAAGCACUGGACAAGGUACCAAAGUGAAUCAAUUGAACUGACACACUGGUUACAAUCUGCAAAAGAGCGUCUUGAAUUCUGGAGUCAGCAGUCUCUGACAGUUCCUCAGGAACUGGAAACUGUUCGAGACCAUCUGAAUUCCUUUUUGGAGUUUUCAAAAGAAGUGGAUGCUAAAUCCUCACAGAAAUCUUCUGUACUGAGCACUGGGAACCAGCUCCUCAGACUGAAGAAGGUAGAUACAGCAGCGUUGCGUGCAGGAUUGUCCCACAUUGACAGUCAGUGGACAGAGCUGCUCUCACAAAUCCCAACAGUACAAGAGAAAUUGCACCAGCUGCAGAUGGACAAAAUUCCUUCUCGCCAUGCUAUCACUGAAGUUAUGAGCUGGAUUUCCCUGAUGGAAAAUGUUAUUCAUAAAGAUGAAGAGAGUAUAAAAAACAUAAUAGGACAAAAAGCCAUUCAGGAUUAUAUCCAAAAAUACAAGGGUUUCAAGAUAGAUUUAAAUUGCAAACAAUUGACUGUAGACUUUGUGAACCAAUCUGUGCUACAAAUUAGCAGCCAAGAUGUUGAAAGUAAACGUAGUGACAAAACUGAUUUUGCAGAACAGCUCGGAGCAAUGAAUAGACGUUGGCAGAUUCUACAAGGCUUGGUAACAGAAAAGAUCCAGCUGUUGGAAAGUCUGCAAGAAUCCUGGACAGAAUAUGAAAAUAAUGUGCAGUGCCUAAAAUCUUGGUUUGAAACCCAAGAAAAGAAGCUGAAAAAACAACAGAGAAUUGGAGACCAGGCUUCAGUACAGAAUGCUUUGAAAGAUUGUCAGGAAUUAGAAGAAUCGAUAAGAGCAAAGGAAAAAGAAUUAGAAAGCAUAGAAAAAAGCGGUCUGUCUUUGAUACAAAACAAGAAGGAGGAAGCCUCUUCUGCUGUUUUGAAUACACUGCAAGAAAUCAAUCAUUCCUGGGCCAGCUUGGAUCACAUGGUUAGCCAACUAAAGAUACUGUUGCAGUCUGUUCUUGAUCAGUGGAGCGUUUACAAAGUAACUUAUGAAGAACUAAAUAGUUACCUGAUGGAAGCCAGAUAUUCUUUGUCCCGCUAUUAUCUUCUUACUGGUUCUUUGGAAGCUGUGAAAGUCCAAGUUGAUAACUUACAGAGCCUACAAGAUGAACUGGAAAAACAAGAAAAUAGCUUACAGAAAUUUGGUUCCAUGACCAAUCAGCUAUUGAAAGAAUGUCACCCACCAGUGACUGAAACCCUUACCAACACUUUGAAGGAAGUGAAUAUGAGGUGGAAUAACCUUAUGCAAGAGAUUGCAGAGCGACUACGUUCCAGUAAAGGUCUCCUUCAGCUGUGGCAGAGGUACAAGGACUGUUACCAGCAGUGCUCUUCUACUGUCCAUUUACGAGAAGAUCAGACCAAUGAAUUGUUGAAGAGUGCCACUAGUAAAGAAAUUGCUGAUGAUGAAGUAACCACCUGGAUUCAAGACUGCAAUGACCUUCUUGCUGAUAUAAAGACAGCACAGGAUUCACUGAUUGUUCUUCAGGAACUGGGAGAGGAGUUAAAAAGCCGGGUGGAGGCCUCAGCAGCAGCAGCUAUACAGUCUGAUCAGCUGUCUCUAAACCAGAAUCUAUUAGCCCUAGAACAAGCUCUAUGCAAACAACAAACUGUACUUCAGGCUGGUGUAUUGAACUAUCAAACGUUUGCUAAGAACCUGCAAGAUCUUGAGACGUGGGUAACAGAAGCAGAAGCAAAACUGCAAGGGCAGGAUCCUGGUCACGCAUCUGAUCUCUCAGCAAUACAGAGCAGGAUGGAGGAACUCAAAAGUCAGAUGUUGAAGUUCAGCAGCAUGACCCCAGAUUUGGACCGUGUUAAUGAGCUGGGUUACAGGCUUCCUCUGAAUGAUAAAGAAAUCAAAAGAAUCCAGAACCUGAACAGGCAGUGGUCUCUGAUCUCGUCUCAGACUACAGAGAGAUUCAGUAAGCUGCAGUCUUCCUUGCUACAGCAGCAGACAUUCUUGGAGAAAUGUGAAACUUGGAUGGAUCUAUUAGUUCAGACUGAACAGAAGCUGGCAGCAGAGAUUUCAGGAAACUACCAGAGUCUUUUAGAGCAACAGAGAGCACAUGAGCUAUUCCAGGCAGAGAUGUUCAGCCGUCAGCAGAUUUUGCAUUCAAUCAUCUCUGAUGGACAGCACCUCCUAGAACAAGGACAAGUAGAUGACAGGGAUGAAUUUAAUCUGAAGCUGACACUUCUGAGUAAUCAGUGGCAAGGAGUAAUUCGCCGGGCACAGCAGAGGAGAGGGAUUAUUGACAGCCAGAUCCAUCAGUGGCAGCGCUACAGGGAGAUGGCAGAGAAACUACGCAAGUGGCUGGUGGAAACGUCCUGUCAGCCAGUGAGCGGUCUGGGAAAUGCUCCUAUACCAUUGCAGCAGGCCAGAGCAUUGCUGGAUGAAGUGCAGCUUAAAGAGAAAGUUCUCCUAAGGCAACAAGGCAGUUAUAUCCUGACUGUGGAAGCUGGGAAGCAAUUACUGCUCUCUGCUGACAGUGGAGCUGAAGCAGCCCUGCAGGCAGAGCUUACAGAAAUUCAGGAGCAAUGGAAGAAAGCUAGCACCCAACUGGAAGAACAGAAGAAGCAGGUUGCUUUAUUACUGAAAGACUGGGAAAGAUCUGAAAAGGGUAUAGCAGACUCCCUGGAGAAGCUAAGAUCAUUCAAAAAAAAGCUUUCUCAGCCUUUGCCAGAACACCAUGAUGAGCUGAAUGCAGAACAGAUUCGUUGCAAGGAAUUAGAGAAUGCUGUUGAUGGAUGGACAGAUGACCUUGCACAUCUUUCUCUGCUGAAGGAGUCCUUGUCUACCUAUAUAAGUGCAGAUGAUAUUUCAGUCCUCAGUGAGCGUAUAGAGCUUCUGCACAGACAGUGGGAGGAGCUGUGCCAUCAGGUAUCUUUACGUCGACAGCAAGUUAGUGAGAAACUGAAUGAGUGGGCUGUCUUCAGCGAGAAGAACAAGGAGCUCUGUGAGUGGCUGACACAAAUGGAAAGUAAAGUUUCUCAAAAUGGUGACAUCGUCAUAGAAGAAAUGAUCGAGAAACUUAGAAAGGAUUAUCAAGAGGAAAUUGCUGUAGCCCAAGAGAGCAAAAUCCAGCUCCAGCAAAUGGGAGAGCGACUUGCUAAAGCCAGCCAUGAGAGUAAAGCAUCAGAGAUUGAGUACAAACUUGGCAAGAUCAAUGACAGAUGGCAACAUCUUCUGGAUCUUAUUGCAGCCAGGGUAAAGAAGUUGAAAGAAACACUAGUUGCAGUGCAGCAGCUGGAUAAGAACAUGAGUAGCCUGAGAUCUUGGCUUGCUCACAUUGAAUCAGAGCUGUCCAAACCAAUUGUCUAUGAAACUUGUGACUCUGAGGAGAUACAAAGGAAGCUAAAUGAACAGCAGGAACUUCAGAGAGACAUAGAGAAACACAGCACUGGAGUGGCAUCUGUUCUCAAUUUGUGUGAAGUGCUUCUUCAUGACUGUGAUGCCUGUGCCACAGAAACAGAGUGUGACUCUAUCCAGCAGGCUACACGCAAUCUGGACAGAAGGUGGAGGAACAUUUGUGCAAUGUCAAUGGAAAGGCGACUUAAAAUUGAAGAGACGUGGCGGUUAUGGCAAAAGUUUUUGGAUGACUACUCUAGAUUUGAAGACUGGCUAAAAAACUCCGAGAGAACAGCUGCUUUCCCAAGCUCCUCCGGUGUGCUUUACACAGUUGCUAAGGAAGAACUGAAGAAAUUUGAGGCCUUCCAGAGACAGGUGCACGAAAGUCUGACUCAGCUGGAACUGAUUAACAAACAGUAUCGCCGACUGGCCCGAGAGAACCGCACUGAUUCCGACUGCAGCCUCAAGCAGAUGGUCCAUGAGGGGAACCAGAGAUGGGACAAUUUACAAAAGCGAGUUACCUCCAUCCUGCGAAGGCUAAAACAUUUUAUUGGCCAACGUGAGGAGUUUGAGACAGCACGUGAUAGCAUCCUGGUAUGGCUAACAGAGAUGGACUUGCAGCUGACCAACAUAGAGCAUUUCUCAGAGUGUGAUGUCCAAGCAAAGAUAAAGCAACUUAAGGCUUUCCAACAGGAAAUUUCACUGAACAACAACAAAAUUCACCAGAUAAUUGUUCAGGGUGAGCAACUCAUUGAGAAAAGUGAACCGAUGGAUGCAGCUGUCAUUGAAGAAGAACUAGAUGAGUUACGUCGUUACUGUCAAGAGGUCUUUGGACGUGUGGAACGCUAUCACAAGAAACUGAUCCAUCUUCCUCUGACAGAUGAUGAACAUGACCUGUCUGACAGAGAGGUGGAUCUGGAUGAAUCAGCAGAUCUCUCUGAUAUACACUGGCAUGACAAAUCUGCAGACAGUGUUCUCUCCCCACAUCCCUCUUCCAACAUCUCACUGCCUCUUGCACAGCCAGUGAGAAGUGAGCGAUCAGGGCGGGAUACCCCUGCAAGUGUGGACUCUAUCCCUCUGGAGUGGGAUCAUGAUUAUGACCUAAGCAGAGACCUGGAGACAGCUGUUUCACGGGCACUGCACUCUGAGGAGGAAGAUGGAGAACAAGAGAAGGAUUUCUAUCUGAGAGGAGCAACUAGUAUAGCAGAUGUAGAGAUCCCUGAAACUCUUGAGGCCUAUGUAACACUUACAGAAAACGCACUCAAAAAUAUUUCUGGAGAACCUGGUGCCCUAGAAGCACAUAUACGACAGCUGGACAAAGCUUUAGAUACCAGUCGUUUCCAAAUACAGCAAACAGAAAACAUCAUCCGCAGCAAAACACCUACAGGACCAGAGCUGGAUGCCACUUACAAAGGAUAUAUGAAGCUACUAAGUGAAUGCAGUGGAAGCAUAGACUCAGUAAAAAGGCUUGGAUAUAAGCUGAAAGAAGAAGAGGAAAAAUUAUCUGGCCUUAUUAAUCUGAACAGUACUGAAACACAAACAGCUGGUGUAAUUGACCGAUGGGAAUUAAUCCAGGCCCAAGCUCUAAGCAAGGAGCUAAGGAUGAAGCAGAACCUUCAGCAAUGGCAGCAGUUCAAUUCUGACCUUAAUAGCAUUUGGGCUUGGUUAGGAGAAACAGAGGAAGAACUGGAGAAGCUCCGCUGCCUUGAUCUCAGUACUGACAUACAAACUAUCGAGCUCAGGAUUAGAAAAUUGAAAGAGCUGCAGAAGGCAAUUGAUAACCGCAAAGCUAUCAUCUUAUCCAUCAACUUGUGCAGCUCAGAAUUUACUCAAUCUGACAGUGAAGAAAGUAAAAAACUCCAAGAGCGCCUGUCUCAGAUGAACAUCUGCUGGGAUCACGUAUGCAGUAUGAUCGAAGAUUGGCGCUGCUCACUGCAAGAUGCAUUAAUGCAGUGCCAGGAUUUCCAUGAAAUGAGCCAUGGUUUGCUGCUCUGGUUAGAGAAUAUUGACAGAAGAAAAAAUGAGAUUGUGCCCAUCAAUCCAAACCUGGAUUCAGAAGUCCUACAGGAUCAUCACAGACUUCUAAUGCAAAUCAGACGUGAACUGCUGGAAUCUCAGUUGAAAGUGGCGUCACUGCAAGAUAUGUCCUGCCAAUUGUUAGUCAAUGCUGAAGGCAAGGACUGCCUUGAAGCCAAAGAAAAGGUGCAUGUCAUUGGAAACAGACUUAAGCUCCUCUUGAAAGAAGUCAUACGUCACAUAAAAGACCUAGAGAAAGCUCUAGACAUUUCAAGUAGUCAGUUGGAUUUGUCCUCUUGGUCCUCUGCUGAUGAACUAGACACAUCAGGCUCAGUGAGUCCUGUAUCUGGACAAAGUACACCAAGCAGACAGAGAACGCCACGGGGCAAAUGUAGUCUCUCACAGCCUGGACCCUCUGUCAGCAGUCCACAUAGCAGGUCCAUAAGAGGUGGCUCAGGUUCCUUCCCUUCUGAGGCUGGGCCAGCAUGGCAGCACCCAUCCUUCUUCCUUAGAGUCCUCAGAGCUGCUCUGCCACUACAGCUCCUUUUGCUGCUCCUGAUCGGGCUGGCUUGCCUGGUUCCAAUGACUGAGGAGGACUACAGCUGUACAAUGGCCAACAACUUUGCCCGCUCUUUCCAUCCCAUGUUAAAAUACAUGAAUGGUCCACCCCCGUUAUAAAGUUGUGAGACAGCAGGUGAUCUUGCUGGAGUAGUAGCCAGGAGGCAGUGUGGUUUUAAAAAGUGACAACAUUCAGUAUGGCAGCUUUACAUACCUGCUGUUGCCACCACAGUGUCUGUAUCGUUUUCUACUGGCACUCAGUAACACAUCAGUCCAUCAGUUCCAAACUGCAGAACGUAUUACCUGAGUAGCAUUGUUUCAGUAUUUACAUCCUGGGCACCAAGGAGGAUGUGAUGUGUGUGGGGGUUAAAUGUCCUUCAGUCCAUCAUUCUGGAUCUUUUAGCCACUUAAUACCCAGGUCAUUGCCCUGUACUAUGCAUAGCUGAGAACUGGAUACUGUAGAUCCUUUCCUGUGUGCUGCUCUAUAUGAGCCAUUAGCCUAUCUUCGUUAAUUGCCCUCUCAGCAUCUACAGUAAAUAAAAUAGCCAGUGCUAAAGAACUUUUAGAGCCUUUGUAAACAUACAAUUUUAAAGGAUCUUAUAUGGCAGUGUAUUAUCCCCUGUGAUAUCUGUUUUGGGCAUGGUGUUCUAACCUUUGCUUUGGAUGUACAAGGUGUAAAUCUGUUAAGCACUUUUUUAAGGUUUAAAAAAUGGAUGUAAUAAAUGAGAUCAUAAAAGGUUUUAUGAAGAAAAAUGUUGAAUGCCGAGUUGAAAAACAAAGAACAUAUUUAUGUAUGUACAGUUUGCUAAGCCAAGUUUUGUUUGUAUUGAUUUCUUUGCAUUUAUUAUAGAUAACAUAAAAUAUUUUGUCUACGUGCUUUUUAAGGACAACUGUGAGAGCCUCUAAGUUUAGAAUAUGUAUGGUAUAAAGAAAAAUAGCUGCACUUCUAAAAAUAAUUAAAAAAUGCUAUAACAAA